CUUCUAAACCCUACAUGUAUAUGAUAUUCUGUUUAAAAAUUUAACUAUGAUUACAUAUAGUCAAAUCAUAUCAAUGAAAAAUGCUACAUAAUGAGAUAGUCACAUAUGAUUUUGAGUUAAUGUUUAUAUUUCCGCCAGUGAGGGAUAAGGUCGUGAUCAGAGCGCGCGCGCCGACUACCGCGGACUGCGCCGCACGUAUGGCGAGAUAUCAAAAUGAGAAAUCAAAUUUAUGUUAAAUUAUUUUUCAGUUGCACAGUGCUUUCUAUAUUAGUGUUCCUAUACUUAUCGCUAAAAGAUUUAACUCUUCGACGUGAUAGUGUUUUAAUGAAUACAAAAAUAUACGAACUGGAAAAAAAUUUAGAUAAAAUAAUAGAAAAAGUGACAAAUGAUAAAGGCAAUAUUGAUACUAGUUUUAAAAGUUUGGUAGCCAAUGAAUCCGAUUUGAAAUACAUAUUGCGUUGGACGUCAUCGAAGAAUGUGCCGUUUGUGUAUAUGGGUGAAGGAAGGAAAGGUUUUACUGAUAGGGGGUGUCCAUAUACAAACUGUUUUGUUACCGGAGACAGGAAUUAUCUCGAUGAUUAUACGAAAUUCGACUUGAUCGCAUUCGCCGGUCCUGAAGUUGUUCGGAUGAAUAAUAUUUUAUUGCCUACAAAAAGAUCACUUCAUCAGAAGUAUGUAUUCGCAACCAUCGAAUCCGCGGACAAUUAUCCAGUUUGUUCGAAUAGAUUCGACGGUUUCUUCAACUGGACAUGGACCUAUAGAUUGGAUUCUGAAGCGAAAUGGGGUUACAUCGUGAUUAGAGAUUCGGAAAAGAAAAUAAUAGGACCUAAGACGGUGAUGCAUUGGAUGAAAUUAGAAGAAAUGAAUCCGGUUACUGAGGAAUUUAAGGCAAAAUUAAAGAGUAAAACAAGAGCUGCAGCUUGGUUUGUAUCGAAUUGCUAUUCGAAGAGCGGUCGUGGAAGGUUUGUUAAAGAGUUGCAAGGCUACUUAGAACAAUAUAAGUUAACCGUGGACAUAUACGGCGCCUGUGGACCUUUGAAAUGUGGACGUGACCACGAAGACGAGUGUUUUAACAUGAUCGAAAAAGAUUAUUAUUUUUAUUUAGCAUUUGAAAAUUCGUUUAGUGAAGAUUACGUGACAGAGAAAAUAUUGCAUGGGUUGAAACAUAACGCUGUACCGAUUGUUUACGGCGGUGCUAAUUACACUAGGUUUAUGCCCGAUGGGAUUUAUUUGAACGCACGUGAUCUUGGAUAUGAGAAAUUGGCGGCGAAAAUGAACGAACUUAUAAACUCACCGGAAAAAUACGCUGAAUAUUUUAGAUGGAAAGAUCAUUAUUCUUAUUACAGAAGACAUGAAAGUUUGGAGACUGAUGAUUAUUGUAGAUUUUGUUCAAUUCUAAACGAAGAAGAAUUAGUUAAGAGAACAUCGAUAUAUGAACACUUUAGACUGUGGUGGGACCCACCUAAUAGAUGUUAGAAAGUAAUUGAUUGUUUAUGAAUUGAAAGACUGUAUUAAAUGUAAGUAAAAGAUGUAUUUAAACUAGUAGCUCAGUGAGGUAUAUUUUGAACUUCUGUCUAUAAUUGAGUCAGACGUAAUAUACUAUGCUGGCGCAAGGACUCAGAGUAGGUCUUGUCCUUUGACGAGAGAUCGCCAACGUUACAUGUUCGCGCAGAAAACAAUGUAUUCAUAAAUUCUUAGUUAGAAAAACUGACAUUCUUCACAAAAGGGGAUAAGCGCAUGUGUGAAAAACAUACUUUUAAACGGAUUACAGAAAUAAUUAGCAUAAUAUUCAUAUUUUACACCAUUAUGAUCCAUUCAUUUUACAUCUGUGUCUUCUAUAAACAUGAACAGAAAUUAUUAGUCUUCUGGCUUUCUUGGCAGUUUCUUCUCUCAAACUUGAUCGUAUAGUGAUCAGAAUAUUGUUAAAAGUAUUUCUAUUUUUUAAGCGAUGGGAACUUGUUUACGUUUCGUAAAUAAAUAAUUUAUUUAUCUAUCAUGGAGUUAGUUUUCAAAUAGUAUGUUAAUAGUUUUUUUCAAAUUAUUUACUCCCUUAAUUUAAUAGCAUGAAAAUAUAAAGCCUAAAGCAUGUCGUAAGUAGGGCUUUUUAUUAAAAAAAGAAUUAUUCAAAAGUAUGCUGCUGUGAUUUCUGACAUCCUACGUAACUGUGUGUAUGUUUACUCUUUAUUAUAUUAGUAAAGAGUACAGAAUAUGAGUAUUCAAUGCAUACCAUUUGCAAUUUUAUCUUCAAUACCCAAUACAUAACACUCACCGUAUCGAAUUACAUAUGCAGAGUACACGAUUGCAUUGUAGCGAAAAUGGGAAUGUAUAUAACAAUGCUUGUAAAUAUAAAACUUAGGCCCUGUAACAGAAAUGGGUGCUUCUAUUGUUUAUUUACAAAGUACUAUUUAUUUAUGUUAAUAAUUAAUUAAGGUCUUAAAUGGAUUGACUUUAUUUUUGAUUACAGCAGAUGUCUGUUAAAAAUAUGUACAUAAAUAAAUGUUUAUAUUAGAUUUGAUUCCAAUUUUCUAUCGAUGGUUUGUUAAUAGAUCUAUAAGGAUCGUGGCAGUUGGCAAUUUUGUGAUAAAAUGUCGGAAGUGACACUUUUUGACCAAUGAGGGACUGACACUGCACGGGUAAAUGUCGCCAUUUUUAAAAUUCCAUAAAAAAAUACAUAAAUUGAUAUAGUUUUAUUUGCCGAUAUUAGAGCCAUAAGCUUAAUGCAGCUAACUUAAUAUAACUCGUUAUGUUUCAUUCUAAAUACAAAACUAAACAUAAU